AUGAACGUCAGCACGAUUCCCUCCGCCUGCCUGCUGGCCGGGGCAGCUGGUGUUGCCAGUCAUCUGUUCUACUUUCGACUUGGAGAGCACCAUAUGCUGGGAGCUGUCUACGUGCAACUGUUUGCUGCGACUUGCAUGAGCGGAACCAUUGCUCUAGCCAAGUUCUCAGAUGUUGGCAUCUCCAACGGCCUCACGACGACCCUCGCGUUGGCAUCUUGCUACCUACUUGGACUUUACAGCAGCCUGGUCGUCUACCGAAGUUUCUUCCACCCAUUGAACAAAUUUCCGGGGCCAUGGCAAGCCCGAAUCGGCGACCUUUGGCUAUCAUCCAGGCUGACAGGCUUGAAUGCGUACUCCGUUCUUCAUAGCCUCCACCAAGAGUAUGGCCGUUACGUUCGCGUUGGCUCGAACACACUUUCUAUUACCGACCCCGAUAUCAUGCAGCGUACGUACGGAAUCCACGCUAGAGCGACUAAGUCCGACUGGUAUGAUGGGGCGUACCCCCAUCAUAGCAUGCAUACUGUAAGGGAUAAAGGCCUGCACGACCGUCGAAGGCGUGUGUGGGCGCCUGCGUUCAGCGACAAAGCACUAAAGGAGUAUGAGAGCACCGUCAACGAUAUAAAUGAAAGAAUGAUUCGCCAUAUUGGCGAAAUCAGAGGUGGAUCGAUUAAUGUGCAACUGUUGUUCAGUCUUUAUGGCUUUGACGUGAUGGGGCGUCUAGCGUUCGGGAAAGAUUAUGGAAUGCUCCAAACUGGUCAACGACAUUGGGCACUGGACAUUCUCGCCGAGGGUCUGAAGGUCGGCGGCCUGAGGCUUCCCACCUGGGCGAUGCGUACCUUGAUCGAGAUUCCCGGCGCUGCUGCGGGACACCAUAAAUUCCUGAAGUUCUGCUGCGAUGAAUUGAAAGGGAGAGUGCAAAACGGCAACGGCUCCGGCAAAGACAUCACUGAAUGGCUUCUUAAGGCGUAUUCGAAUGAGAAGCACCCAGAAGAAGACAAUAUGCUACAGGGCGAUUCCCGACUGAUGAUUGUGGCUGGUGGUGAUACAACGGCUGCUGUCCUGACGUAUUUGUCCUAUUAUUUGGCAUUGUAUCCCGGCCAACAGAGCAAACUCCGCGACGAGCUCCAGCCUGUGACACGCGUGGACUGGGCCGACAGGGAUAUCAAGCAUCUACCCCAUCUGAAUGGCGCGAUUAAUGAAACCUUGCGGCUGCAUCCUCCGGUCUCUUCGGGUGUGAUGAGGAACGCUCCUGCAGAGGGACUCCGAAUCGGCGAGACGUUCAUUCCAGGCAAUACGACGUUCUCUGUACCUCAGUAUUCCAUGGGAAGAGACGAGCGAAUAUAUCCUAACGCAAACUCUUUUAUCCCAGAACGGUGGUACUCUAGACCAGAACUUAUACAGCACCCUGACGCGUUCGCACCUUUCUUGAUGGGCCCGUUUGGUUGCAUCGGACAGCAUCUCGCCCGGAUGGAAAUCAGAACAUUGUUCGCCCGGCUCCUGCUGAAGUACAAUAUCUCCUUUGCACCUGACGAGGAUGGUAGCAGGCUGUUGAGCAAGACGAUAGACCACAUUACUAUCUCUCCGGGACAACUGGAUCUUAUUUUCACAGUCAUUGAUGAUUAA